AUGUCAGUUACUGUUAUCGCGACGGUAGCAUUGGCCUUCCUCCUCCUCCCCAUGUGUCAAUAUAUAAUCAGACCAUGCUCUGACGGCAACAAGAUCUCCUUCGGUAUGUGCGGCCGUUUCACAGCGGCGGAACUGCUCUCCUUCUCGCUCUCUGUGUUCAUCGUGUGCAUAUGGGUCCUGACGGGCCAUUGGCUGCUGAUGGACGCCAUGGGCAUGGGGCUGUGCGUCGCUUUCAUAGCUUUCGUCAGACUGCCCAGUCUAAAAGUGUCGACUCUCCUACUGACUGGUCUGUUGAUCUACGACGUGUUCUGGGUCUUCUUCUCAUCCUAUAUAUUCAGCGCUAACGUCAUGGUUAAGGUGGCAACUAGACCGGCGGAGAAUCCGGUAGGUUUGGUAGCUCGGAAGUUACACAUAGGGGGCGUCGCUAAGGAGGCGCCCAAGCUGAGCUUGCCGGGGAAACUGGUUUUUCCCAGUAUACACAACUCUGGUCAUUUCAGUAUGUUAGGAUUAGGGGACAUAGUGAUGCCGGGCCUCUUGCUGUGUUUCGUGCUGCGCUACGACGCCUAUAAGAAAUCCCAGGGCCUGACGGGCUCCCGACUGACCUACUUCCACUGCUCCCUGCUGGGAUACUUCCUGGGCCUGCUGACGGCGACCGUGAGCUCGGAGGUGUUCAAGGCCGCCCAGCCCGCCUUACUCUAUCUCGUUCCGUUCACUCUGCUGCCGCUGCUGACCAUGGCUUACCUCAAGGGCGAUCUAAGGCGAAUGUGGUCCGAACCGUUCAAAUCGUUGUCCGUAUCGAAGCACCUCCAGGACGUGUGAUAGACUGUUGUUCACUGUUGACUUAAAAUUUAGGGAAUAAAAAGUGUUGAGACAUUAGUGAGUGGAAAACUGCGUGCAUUUCAUGAACAUGUUUACGAAUUCUCAUUUAUUAUAUAUAAUAUAGAAUCUAUUGUCAAUUUUAAAGAAGAUACUACUUAUUUAUAACAUAAACGAUGGUCGUGGGACCGCCAGACCUGGCGCCGUAACGGAACACGUCUUCGAUUUUUAUAUUAUUUUCUUGGGAAGAUCGAUUCAUCGUUCCGAUUCGGCUGGGUCUCGCGGUUGUCUCGCGCGACGAGGAAUUUCCGAGACGUUACGUGAAAACUACUACUUUUUUGACCAAAAGUUGAGUCAUUUUGAAAAAAAACACAAAUUAUUGUUUAAUGACCUCAAAUGUCGAAAAAUUUUAACAAAAAAAGAAAAUGUUGUUGACGGUAAUCCGGUUUUUAGGUUAUGUUUACUCUGUUCAGAGCGACAUUGGAACGCUUUGAGAGGGCUCUAUAGCAAAUAGCCAACCAGCAAUACAUUUUUAUAG